GACUGGUGAUGAAGACCACCUGGAACGCACCCAUUUUUGCUACAGCUGUGCAGCAGCACACAUCAGCCGAAUACACGACCUGAACAGCAGCGUGGCUGCAAAUAAUAUUUCUAAAAUAUGCAAAUUAAUCGGUAUUGAACGAAAGUAGCCGUGGAUGAUACAACAUACUGUAAUAAAUUAAAUUACUGAUGAGUGUAUCCGUUGUUUUCAGUGCCAUGAUGUCCUUGAGGAGCAGAUUCAAUCCAUGAGCAUUGCAGCCAAUUGGUAUGAUGUGGGGGUAGGACUCCUCCACUUUAGACCAAGCAGCCUUCAUGUUUGCUGCAUUGUCUGUCACCAGUGCAAAUACCUUCUGUCGUCCAAGGAAACUGACAACCCAAGAUCAGCCAGUUGAGGACACCUGAGCCCCCCUUUGUACUGUGGCUGUCUUGUAACACAAUGCUUGGCCUUCAGGGAAUCACCUCAUCCCCUAAAAUGUAUCGCUGUGUGGCUUGUUCAGCCACCUUUACUGGAUUGGCAUCCUUGUUGGUGCACCAAGCUUCUCAUGCAGUUCAAUAUGACAAGCAACCACCACAAGCUGAGAAGCAGCCUCUCUGCACUCACUGUGGUGAAGUGUUUUUAAACGAGGAUCUCCAAGACCAGCACUGCUGCAAAGCACUACCUGAGACCCCGGCUCCCUCUCUUUUUAUCUGUGAUUGUGGGGAUGAGUUUCAGAACUUUAAUGAAAUGCUGGAGCAUAAAAGAUCUCAUGUCUCAACCCCCCAGCAGCAGACCCAGACGACUGAUGCCAGAUAUUCGGGCCAAGAAGAAUGCAGUCUGGUUGAACCUGUCCAACCAGUCUCCCCUCAGCUAACCCUUAGCCAAACCAUUUUGGGCCUCGGUCCCCCCUCUCAUCCCUCACCCCUAUCUCCUGUCAUUCGUAGUUCAAAACUCCCACAGCUUAAUAGCACAUCCACUGUUCCUGAAGUCUAUACAAAUAAGGGGUUUAUUGCCCUAACCAGACCUCCAGAGCUGAACAACCUCCCUCCAGGUGCAAGUGAGCAGGAAUUACAGCCUGAUGGGCUUGACCAACCUGAGAACAGUUCUACUGCACAGGAACCCUCGCCACAAUCCAUCCAGGAUGAGACUGCUGAGGAUGCAGACUGUCCCGUUACAAGCGGCGCAUCUUCAGAAGAUGCCGGCACACCUAAGAAUGAGACAAUAAUGAAGAUGAUAGCAAAUGCCUACAUGAAACGUUAUCAACCUGCUCAACACUACCCAUUAAGACACAAGAGACUUGUGGUCCCCAAAAAAGAGCUUAUACCAGUGGAGGUGAUGUCACAAUCCAAACACACAGCAGCAUCCACACCAGGGCACUCUAUUGGCCAGUUAAGACACCUGCUUACAAAGUCUGGUGCAAAGACAAUAGCCCGUCCAUCUGGCAGUAGUGGUAUCAUAUCUUUGACUCAGACCUUCUGCCCUGUAGUAGUUCUUGAGACCCGCCAAAAGCUUAUUGAUUCUAGAAAUAGGUCCACACAGGGGAGAUAUCAAUGUGGUCGCUGCCGAAGUGUUUUUCAGGACUUGGACAGCUUGACAGUGCAUCAUGCCUUACACAGGAAGGAGAUAGUGAAGUGUUGUCGUCACUGUAAACAACUGAUGAUUGGAAAACCACCGCUUCCAGACAACCACAUCUGUCCCCUGGCUCCCCACCACCUUACCUCAGUGGGGAGUAAAUGCCACUAUAUCAAAAAGACUGCAUCAUUCCAGAAGCAAAAGAAGCGACAACCGCAAAGAAGCUUCCAAAGUGUUAAAGCUAGGACGCCUUACUUUUGUCAAGUGUGCAAGCACAACUAUGCCCGUAGGUAUAAUCUCAAUGUGCACAAGUGUCAGGGGCCACCCCAUCCUCUACAGCAUGCCUCCAACUCUGCCCUGUGCAAAAAUACUGCAUUUGGGGAAAACAUUAAAGCAAGGGAGCCUGUCACAGGCGUCAACCAGAGGCCUCUAAUCUCCAAAAACAUCGGUGUGGGCACUGACAGCACUCGUCAGAUAAAGGAGGAGGCGAUUUCUGCAGAAUCAAGGCCAUAUCCACAGUUUCCUGAUUUGCUCUGGUCCGGUUCACCUAAAAGCUUCUCAUCCUUCUAUCCCGAAGUUGCCAAGCGUGUAGCACCAGGAGAAAUUGAUUCAGGAUCUGCAACACUACAGCAAGGAGAUGGUGAAGGGGACAACGCAGCAAGUAGUUUUAAACAAGAAGGUAAAGAUGGAGAAUGGACAAUGCCUUUAGAUGAUUCUGAGAUUGAUGUUCUGAUUGAGGCAGUAGAUGCAGAAGACGACGAUGAUUUAAUGCUACAAGAACCUAUUUCUCAGGGUCAUGUCAAGUCCACAAAGGAUGGCGUGCCUUAUUUCAUAAAAGAUGGUGCUAGACGUUUUCCCUGCUAUAGAUGUCAGAAAACGUACAGUCGAGGGUGCACAUUAAAAAAGCAUCAAAGGCUGUGUGGAAAUAGGUCAUUUCUGCCACAAUCUACUUUUCGGGCGGUAGCACAGAAAGUCAACAAGGGUCAAUUCCAAUUCGAUUGCUAUGUCUGUGGGAGGAGCUUUAACCGCAAAGAUAACAUGCUGAUUCAUAGGAAGAAGUGCCAGUUAAGUAGAACCAUGGCCAAGAAUGAUAAUGGACUUUUACAACAGGGCAUAUCGGCAGCCCAAGCACCGCAACGUCUCGUGGCACAAAGUAGUAAAAAUCUGGAGGAUAAUGGGGCAAAUUGGGGUAUUAUGUCAUUGCCCAAUGUUCUUCCCAGGAGAGUGACGUGUGAGUGUGGGUCAGGCUUUACUUCCCCACGGCUCCUCCUAGAGCAUUUGCAAAAGCAUGCACAGGAGGCCUAUACCUGCCCCACAUGCGGUGAGACACUGAGUUCCUGGGCAGACUAUGAAGUCCAUCUACAAGUACACAUGCAGCCUCGGCACCAGAUGUAUGGGGGAAUGCAACAGCAGCGCUCUCCACCUCUACUGCUGAGGUUUCCACAGCAGCCACGUCAACGUCGGCAGCCCCUGCCAAAGCAGCGACAUGCGCCUCUGCAACACUCUCUGCCAGCACAGCGCCCUCAGCCAAAUCAACAACCUCUGCGGAAGCCUAGGAAGCCACAGCCGCGCUGUGUGUGCAUACGAUGCAGCAACACCUUUUGCAGUCGCGGCGCGCUGCUGAAGCACCUCUCCUGGAAUCGGUGUAAAGGUGACAGAGGAGCUAUUUCAGCGAAGGCAAACCACUGUUCCCGAUGCAGCAUGGACUUCCCCAAUGGCCUCAGCCUCAAGUUUCACCAGCUAAAUGGAAUGUGCAAGCCUGCCUUCAAGCCCAUGCGUUGCCCUGUGUGCGUGCGCUGGUUUGGCACUGUGGAGGGACUCCAGAAACACCUGCAAACACACGACCAGACCAACUCGUUCCGCUGCCUCAUCUGCCAGCGCCUCUAUCCCAGCCUACGGUCACUGAAAGACCACCGCAGAAAGGUCCACUGCAUUUUGUCUGGAGACACAGCGCAGGUUACCCAAUGAGAGUGAAUACUCUGAAAAUCAUAAUCCAACAGAACAUGUAUGAACAAUGAUUUUUAGCAAAAUGUUUUUGCAAGAUCUGUUAUUGAUUUGAGGGAUUAAUUGUCUUGUGUCACCAUAUAAUCAUUAUUGUACUAUUCUACUUUGAUUCUAUUUUCACUGUCUCUCAGUAGACUUUUCUUGCUCACUUGAACCUAUUUUCAUGGCCAUAGUUGUAAACUGUUGUAUUGUGCUGUAAAAUGCAAUGAUGUUCUUAGCUUUUUCUUAAAGGGAUACUUUGGGAUUUUGGCAAUGAAGCCCUUAUCUACUUCCCCACUAUGAAGGAAGUUUGAGGGAGUUACCGUAGACUUCGUCAUGCGCUAAUGCUAGUUAGCAACUUCCUUCAAACUGCAUGCAGAGGUAUAAAAAUGGUAUCGACAUGUUAAUCGGACUGACUGGGAAAUAAAUUGAAGGGCUUCAUUGCCAAAAUCCUGAAGUAUCCCUUUAACUCCUCAGCCAUUAUUAAAAUGUACCAAUUAUUGUUCAAGUGCUCUUUUAGGUUGUGAAAAAACAUUGAUGGUUAUAUCUUAGUGUGGUAGCUAUCAGUGCAUUUGGGAGAAAACAAUUUGUAAGUGAAUAUACACUACAAAGUAUGUGCACACCUGCUUGUCGAACUCCUCAUUCCCAAAUCAUGGGCAUUAAUAUGUAGUUGGUCCCCCCCCUUUGCUGCUAUAACAGAAUCCACUCUUCUGGGAAGGCUUUCAUGUAGAUGUUGGAACGUUGCUGAGGGGACUUGCUUCCAUUCACUCACGAGCAUUAGUGAGGUCAGGCACUGAUGUUGGAUGAUAAGGCCUGGCUCGCAGUCGGCGUUCCCAUUUAUCCCGAAGGUGAUCGAUGGGGUUGAGGUCAGGGCUCUGUGCAGUCAAGUUCUUCUACACCGAUGUCGACAAACCAUUUCUGUAUGGACCUCGCUUUGUGCACAGUGGAAUUGUUAUGCUGUAACAGGAAAGGGCCUUCCCCAAGCUGUUGCCACAAAGUUAAAGCACAGAAUUGUCUAGAACGUCUUUGUAUGCUGCAACGUUACGAUUUCCCUUCACUGGAACUAAGGGGCCUAACCCCAAUGAUGAAAAACAGCCCCAGACCAUUAUUCCUCCUCCACGAAACUUUACAGUUGGCACUAUGCAUUGAGGCACGUAGCAAACCCCCGAUUCAUCUUUUGGACUGGUGAUCUUAGGCUUGUGUGCGGCUGCUCAGCCAUGGAAACCCAUUUCAUGAAGCUCCCGACUAACCAUUCUUGUGCUGAUGUUCCAAACUGCCUCUAGAAGCUUGGUAGUGAGUGUUGCAACCCGAGGACAGACCAUUUUUACACGCUUCAGCACUCGGUGGUUGUGUUCAGUGAGCUAGAUGUUUUCACUUCACAAUAAAAAGCACUUACAGUUGACCAGGGCGGCUCUAACGGCAGACAUUUGACUAACUGACUUGUUGGAAUGGUGGCAUCUUAUGACGGUACUACUUUGAAAGUCACUGAGCUGUUCAGUAAGGCCAUUCUACUGGCAGUGUUUGUCUAUGGAGUUUGCAUGGCUGUGUGCUUGGUUUUAUACGCUUGUCAGCAGCGGGUGUGGCUGAAAUAGCCGAAUCCACUAAUUUGAAGGGCUGUCCACAUACUUGUGUGUGUAUAUAUUUGAACACUUACACCAAAACAGAAAUGUAUAGGAAAUAGCAUGUAGUGUGUUGCUCCUUGUUUUAAUAAAGCCCCAUUCAGAGAUGAAA